AUUUUUUUAUGGGAAAAUUAGAAAAUACAAAGCAAUUUCCGUUUCAGAUCUGGGGGAAGGGAAGGGGUAAUAUUUGCCUUAACAUUGUUCAGAACCAACACCCAUCCUUGUUUGAACUGGAAGCGGCUCACCUUUCAGUCACUUGAUAUAAGUAUUUUCCUCGUUUAACUGAAUAAUUUGGGCACUCAUUUAUCGAAACCGAAUACUGGUUUAAAUUGUUAGAACAUUUUUCUCCAGUGCUUCUAGUGUAGCAAGUUAAUUAUAGCCUGUCUUUUCAUUGGCUAAUAUAUCCUGGAGGUAUAAUUAAAGUGUUGAGAAGCUAGAGAUUUUGGAGGCUUUCCAUUAAGAGGAGGGCCUGUCAGCCAGUCUACACUGAAGGGUAGUCUUAGGUCACCUCCAUGUGGCUUGUUUUGGGAAAUUAACCACACCAUGCUUAUAUUUAGGCUUUGUCCAGGGAUCUGAAACCACUUUGCAGUCGACGUACUCAGACACGAGCGCUCAGCCCACCUGUGAUUAUGGGUAUGGAACUUGGAACUCUGGGACAAACAGAGGCUACGAGAACUAUGGCUAUGGCUACGGCUAUGGCCAGGAUAACACCACCAACUAUGGGUAUGGUAUGGCCACUUCAAACUCUUGGGAAAUGCCUAGCUCUGACACAAAUGCAAACCCUAGUGCUGCGGGUAGCGCCAGUGCCGAUUCCGUUUUGUCCAGAAUUAACCAGCGCCUAGAUAUGGUGCCACACUUGGAGACAGACAUGAUGCAAGGAGGCGUGUACGGCUCAGGUGGAGAAAGAUAUGAUUCCUAUGAGGCCUGUGACUCGAGGGCCAUUCUGAGCGAGCGCGACCUAUACCGGUCAGGCUACGACUAUGGCGAACUUGACCCCGAGAUGGAAAUGGCCUACGAGGGCCAAUACGAUGCCUACCGCGACCAGUUCCGCAUGCGUGGCGGCGACACCUUUGGCCCACGGGCUCAGGGCUGGGCCCGGGACUCCAGGAGUGGCCGGCCGAUGGCCUCGGGCUAUGGGCGCAUGUGGGAAGACCCCAUGGGGGCCCGGGGCCAGUGCAUGCCUGGUGCCUCCCGGCUGCCCUCCCUCUUCUCUCAGAACAUCAUCCCCGAGUACAGCAUGUUCCAGGGCAUGCGUGGCGGGGGCGCCUUCCCAGGUGGCUCCCGCUUUGGCUUCGGUUUUGGCAAUGGCAUGAAGCAGAUGAGGCGGACCUGGAAGACCUGGACCACGGCUGACUUCCGGACCAAGAAGAAGAAGAGAAAGCAGUGCGGCAGUCCCGAUGAACCAGACAGCAAAGCCACCCGGACGGACUGCUCAGACAACAGUGAUUCAGACAAUGAUGAGGGCACUGAGGGGGAGGCCGCAGAGGGCACUGAAGGCGCCGAGGCUGUGGAGAAGGGCUCCAGAGCAGAAGGAGAAGAUGAAGACGGAAAAGAAGAAGGCAAAGAAGAAGGCAAAGAGGAUGCAGAAAAGGCGCCUCUCCAGCCCCUGUUGGGAGUCCGUGUCCCCCUACCUGAGUGAUGAGCGCCAGCAGGUACCUAACAGUAAAUCCAGCCUCAGCCCACUGUUGCCGCGGUGCGCCGUGGGGGGGUGGGCUGAGUCCUAUGAGCUUUCGGGUCUUUACCUCUGGGGGCUGCACUUAGGCCUCAGCCAAGGCCUCCCUGCAUCCCGCUACCUGGCCCCGCUGAACUUGUGCCAGUGUCCCCACCGAGACGGCUUCUGUUUGCCUUCCAGCCUCCCUGUGGCCCUCUGCAGAGUAUGGGUGUUCUGGAGAGCAGUGGGGUCAGCCUGUAUCCUCCUCUCUUCAGGACCUAGGCCCAAAACAGUUCCCUGCCCAGCCCAGGGUGCCCAGCCCUGCUCGUGGCCGGAGUCCUUGUUCGAACGGCUGCUCUCAGAAUGGACUAUCUGGAGUAGAAGGCGGGUGAUCCAGCCGGAGGCCCCAGGGCCUGCCCUGACCCAGUGGAACCAAGCUGGUGACUGUGCUCCCCUUUCCACAGGGGCCCUGAGCACCCAGGAUGAUAGUGGGCAGAUCAAGCGCAAGUUGCAGGCAGGCAAGAAGAGCCAGGACAAGCAGAAAAAGCGGCAGCGAGACCGCAUGGUGGAAAGGAUCCAGUUUGUGUGCUCUCUCUGCAAAUACCGGACCUUCUACGAGGAGGAGAUGGCCAGCCACCUCGAUAGCAAGUUCCACAAGGAGCACUUUAAAUACGUAGGCACCAAGCUCCCCAAGCAGACAGCUGACUUUCUGCAGGAGUAUGUUGCCAAUAAAACCAAGAAGACAGAGGAACUCCGGAAAACCGUGGAGGACCUUGAUGGUCUGAUUCAGCAGAUCUACAGAGACCAGGAUCUUACCCAAGAAAUUGCCAUGGAGCAUUUUGUGAAGAAAGUAGAGGCAGCGCACUGUGCAGCCUGUGACCUCUUCAUUCCCAUGCAGUUUGGGAUCAUUCAGAAGCACCUCAAGACCAUGGAUCACAACCGCAACCGCAGGCUCAUGAUGGAGCAGUCCAAGAAGUCCUCGCUCAUGGUGGCCCGCAGCAUCCUCAACAACAAAAUCAUCAGCAAGAAGCUGGAACGCUACCUGAAGGGUGAAAACCCGUUCACUGAUAGCCCCGAGGAGGAGAAGGAACAGGAGGAGGCCGAGGGCGGCGCCCUGGACGAGGGAGCGCUAGUCGAAGCGGCAGGGGGCGCCGAGGGUGCAGAUGGCGCGCCGGCGCAGCCCCCUGUGCCCCCGGAGCCAGCGCCCGAGGCCGCGUCCCCACCACCGCCACCGCCGCCCCCAGAAGAGGAGGAGGAGGAGGAGGCCGUGCCCCUGCUGGGCGGGGCGCUUCAGCGCCAAAUCCGCGGUAUCCCGGGCCUCGACGUGGAGGCCGACGACGACGAGGAGGGUGGCGGGGGCGCACCGUAACCCGGGCCCCAGGCGGGCAGGACCCGCGUGGCCAAAGAUGGAAGCUAGGCCUAAUAAAGCUCUUCCG